AUGGCAAAAAAGCGGGGAGGAAAAGGGGGGUAUUUUUAUAGAGAACGGUGUGGUAUAACGCGAGAUCUAGAAUUGCCUUCCUUUUCAGGGUUUGCCCUGCAAUUUUUCCCAACCCCUUUUCGUACUUUACCAGUUGAUCCGUCGAAGUUGCAUUCAUUUCUGUUUCUUUAUUAGUUCCACAUUGCAGAGUACGGGUGCGGUACUAUGUGACUUAUGUCUAAAA